AUGGCCACCGAAAUCAUCCCACCUAUUGUCACCCUCGUGGUGUUUGUCUUCGCCACUGCAUUCACGGCCUACAAGGCUUAUCGCCACGGCACAUGGAUUUUCUGGUCCCUCAUCCUAAGCGGCAUAUUCCUGAUCGUUGGCUACUCGAUCCGCGCCGCCUGGUACAACCAAGGAUACGUAGACAUCUACGAAGAGCCCGGCUACAUGUUCCUAACGCUCAUCUUCGACUCCUUCGCCGCCCUCUCCCUUACGCACACACUCUUCACGCUCUUCGUCCGCCUCGUCUGGCACGCCUCGCCGCCAGCGCUCCUCACCGCCCGCAAGCCGCUCCUCUUCCACCCGCGCUACGCCUUCCGCUGGAUGAACGCCUUCCUCGUGCUCUUCGCCCUCGUGCAGUGCGUCCCCAUCUGGGUCUUCGUCUGGGCCGCCCUGGUCGCCCAGACCAUCCUGCUGCUCGUCUUCAUCGGCUUCGUCGUGAGGUUCAAGAAGGUGGUGCUGGGCGGCAAGGGUACGGUGGAGACGGAAAAGGAGAGGAAGUUGUUGGUCUGCGUGGGUGUCGUCGGCGGUCUUUUGACGGGGCGCUCCAUCCUCGUGUGGAUCUGGAUUCUGCUUGGUUGGACCGACACGUUUUUCGUUACAUUCAUCUUGAACGCCCUACCGGUGUUUGUCUGCUUCAUCCUCCUCAACGUCUACCACCCGAGCGCUUACCUGCCCUCCAACUACACGCGGUUCCGCCUCGACAAGGACUCUGCCCUGGCGACGAAGAAUGCCGAUGCGAGGGUUGCGCAGCUGACGCGUGAUGCGUAUCUUGCUGCUAAUUCGAGCGAUGCUAGCAGCGGUCGCAGGAUGGAAAUGGCAUAG